GAUCAAUGAUCAUUCGUUAUUGUGUGUACGAUCAUUGAUGAGUUUUCGUUUUCGCAAGAUUGCUUUAGAAUUAUAAAAUGUUAGAGUCUUUCAUAAUAGCUGUAUUACUAAAAAACAAUAACGUGUUUGAAAAUCGUUUGUAGGAACAUUUCGGAGCAAUGAAAUGACACAACGAGUUAUUGAACAAUAUAGUAGUGCGACAACUUGACUGUGACUGUUAAUCAUGCCAAGAAAGCUUUUAAAAUUUUUGAUUCUGUUUGAUAACUCAUCUCUACUGUAUUUUCCGGGACAAUUUCUCUCUGGAAGAGUGCUACUUGAACUGCAAGAAAACACACCUGUUCUAGGUCUUCAUUUCCACGUUGUUGGCGAAUGUGUGGUACGGGUCAGAUCGGGUCGUCAUGACCGAUCAUAUGACAAGGAAAAUUACAUUGACUUUAGAAUGCGAUUACUUGGUGACAGUGAGCACCAAGGUCCAACAAUUCUAUCGCCUGGGAUACACAGUUUUCCAUUUAAACUAGGAUUGCCAGUAGAUUUACCUUCAACGUUUCUAGGCCGGUACGGCUGGGUUCAGUAUUAUUGCAAAGCAGCUCUACGCGAACCAUCUGGAUUAAUACACAAAAACCAUCAGGUGUUCAUAGUUAUGAAUCCAAUCAAUUUGAACACAGAGCAACAAUAUCUAGCGGACCCAUUCAAAUGCAACAUUGAGCAUAAUCUAGGGGUUGCAUGUGUUGGAGGAGGUUUCGUCAAGUGCAAAAUAAUUUUGGAUAGAGGAGGAUACGUUCCCGGUGAAUCAAUCAUGAUUACGGCAACUGUAACCAAUUCUAGUAAUGUUACUAUCAAAAGCACGAAAGCCGCAUUAACUGAGACUAUUCAGUAUUACGCUCACGAAAAAGUUAUACAAACCGAGAAACGAGAAUUAGCUGUUAUAGCACGAGGAAAAAUUCGUCCUGGUUGUCGAGAUGAUUGGCAAAAUGAAUCGCUAUAUGUACCGCCAUUGCCACCGACUAAUCUUAGAGGAUGUCAUCUUAUUCAGAUACACUAUGAUGUUUGCUUUCUUAUCGAGCCAAAAUCACUGGAGAAGCAAAUCAAGCUUCAAUUACCGAUUACACUAGGAACAUAUCCUUUCAAAACAAACAAUGUAGAAGACACGAACGAAUGGGCCGAAACGGUAUACAAACCUGAGACUCAUUACCCUUCAACCUUGCCCAUUUUUAGACCCUGGUUGCAUGAAAAAGCUGAAUUAAAGUAACAUUGAUGACCGGAACUAUUUCUCUGUUUAGUCGAACUGUAACGUAUUCUAGACUAUGACAUGUUUUGAUAUAGUAAUAGUUGAAGUUUUUUUGGAUGAAUUGAUUGUCGAGAAGUUUAUUAGAAUAGUAGUAGCUGUUAGUUGAAGCAGGACUUUCAUAAUGUAUAAAUGAGAAAAAAAAAUUAGAGCAUUUUUCAAAUUUUAUUGAUCGAUAGUUUUUUAUAUGUUCGUACCAUUUAAAGGGCCAUAAAUGUAAACAAAUGUAAAGAAAUGAGAUAAUUUUUCACUCGCCGUUUUGCAAAACAUCAGAAUUAAAUCUUGAUUUUAAAAAGAUAGAUUAGAUCAACUAGUUUAACUGGAUCAUGGAAGCAAUUAGACUAUGUAUAUAGUCACAGUCUUCCACACCCCAGGUCAAGGAAAACUUAUGUAGAUCAUAAAAACAUUAAUAAUUAGAUCUGAAUGCCAAGAACUAUUGUAAUUCAAAAGCCCUUCUCAAGACCUUUCCUCUGAAUGAAACGUUUAUGUUUAUGAAACAGAUUUCCAUCGUACUUACACAUUAAGGAUUGAUCAAGAAAGUUGUUCUGAAAGUUGAAAAAAUUACAGAAAUAACCUUUUCGCCCUUGCCAGACUAAAAAAAAAUCAAAGCUGCGCCCAAUUAAAUAUCAUUAAAAUAAUUUGAUGAAGAGGAAAAUUCCAAUUUUCUAUCUAUAUUGAUCGCAAAUAUAGCCAAUAUAUAGUUUUCAAUUUCGAAAUAACUUACACACGGUUUUGAUACAAAAAACUGUACAUACGUUAUGAUGUUUAAAUGUCCAUGUAUGAACAAAAAAUCUACACAACUAAAAGAUAAUUGUGAUGCCGAUGUAGUUGCUACUGAUUGGCACCGUGUGAGCAUCGUAGAAAAAUUCUUUAGCACUCUGGAUAGCAUAAGGACUGGCUAGAAGACUGUAUACAACAGGCAAAAAAUGCCAAUGCCAAUUGGUUAAUAUUGCUAGCCAAUGAUCUUAUGCUAGAAAUCGUUUCUUUUACCUUCGUGAUAUCUGCGUUAGGAAAAUGAACCAAUAUUUCAACUUACUUUAUGUGGAAUCACACAAAUGUUCUUGACUGUUUGGAAAUACACAGAUUUAUAUUCGCAGUUGCACAGAUGAUAUUCUAUUUACAAAAAAAAAGUAUAAUUUUGAAACAGGAAUUUAGAAAUGAAGAAGUGACAAAGGUUUGUAUUUUUUCCAUAAGGUGAAAUUAUACAGACAUGUGAAUAUUUAAACAGGUCCAAACACUUUGCAUUUUCUCUAGUAAGUGAUAUUUUUACGGUAUAUAAAAGCAGUGCCAUAGGCACAUGUAUUAAAAAAACGUAAUAGUUGUUCGUAGUGAAACAUAAACAAAGUUUACAAAUAAACACGUAUUGUUUUCAAUUACAACACUAUUUAACGAGGAGUUUUCAUUUAUAGUAUUCUUUCAACUUCUCUAUGAGGGCCGCUUUAUUCAAUUUAGAAAUACCUUCUACACCUUCCUGUUGCAAGUAGGCACGAAGAAUUGCAACCGAUAGUGAUCCAGUCUAGGUUUGAAGAACAAAAAAUAUGUUUACCUAUUAUUGCAUAAAA